AUGGCGAUGGCGGUUGGGCCAGCUGCGUCGCCGACUGAUGGAGCCGCUCCGGUGCUGGGACCCGCAAUGAUGCAUAUGCAGAUGCAGAUGCCGGCGCCGGCGCCGGUGGCGAUGGUCUCGGACGCCAUGGCGAAGGACGCUAUUAUCGGGUGGUACCGAGGCGAGUUUGCGGCCGCGAACGCGAUCAUCGACUCGCUCUGCGGCCACCUGACCCAGCUCAGCGGCGGAGGGGCGGAAUACGGCGCCGUUUUCGCAGCGAUACACCGGAGGAGGAUCAAUUGGAUCCCGGUACUCCAGAUGCAGAAGUAUCACUCAAUCGCCGAUGUGAUGGUGGAGCUCCGAAACGUCGGAGCAAAAAAGGCGGAGAAGGAGAGUGAAGAAAACGGUGAGGUAUCAGGAACUGUUGAAAAUUGUAAGAGCGAGGAGGCUAAGUCGUGUUUGGACGAGGAGAAAGAGAAGGAAAAUGAGAAAGUGGAAGAAAGUAAUGGAAAUGACGCUGCCGAUGAGGCUAUCGAAGAGGAGGCUUCUCCAGAUAGCGAGAUUACUGAUUCAGGGUCUCAAGAAGCACAGCUCAAUUCAGUAAACGUGGAGAUAUGCUCUAAUCAUGAAGAAUGUGAGGCCCGUCGUACUGAGAUCAAGUUGACAAAAGGUUUCUCUGCAAAGGAGUCGGUCAAAGGGCAUAUGGUGAAUGUUGUGAAAGGUUUAAAGCUAUAUGAGGACAUAUUCACUGAUUCAGAGCUCUUUAAAUUGACUGACUUUGUAAAUGAACUCCAUGCAGCUGGACUGAAUGGAGAGCUCUCAGGUGAGACCUUUAUCUUAUUCAACAAGCAGAUUAAGGGAAACAGGAGAGAGCUGAUUCAGUUUGGUGUUCCAAUUUUUGGACAGAUCAAGGAGGAAACUACAAGCAAUAUAGGGCCAAUUCCAGCUCUUCUCCAAGAUGUGGUUGAUCACUUUGUACUGUGGCAAUUAAUUCCAGAGUAUAAAAGACCAAAUGGUUGCAUCAUCAACUUCUUUGAGGAGGGAGAAUAUUCACAGCCAUUCCUGAAACCACCCCAUUUGGACCAGCCCAUCGCCACUCUUCUCCUCUCUGAAUCAACGAUGGCUUUUGGGCGCACCCUUCUAAGUGAUAAUGAUGGGAACUACAAGGGGCCGCUGAUGCUCUCACUGAAAGAAGGGUCUCUUUUAGUUAUGAGGGGAAACAGUGCCGACAUGGCAAGACACGUCAUGUGUCCGUCUCCAAAUAGAAGGGUGAGCAUCACAUUCUUCAGAGUUAGAGUAGACUCCAACCAAUUCCAGUCACCGCCAAGUCCAACACAGAAUGGUGCCAUGACUCUAUGGCAACCUGGCGUUGUGAGUCCAUAUGCAGUGCAAGAUGGAGCUCUCAAUGGCUAUGAGGGAAUGGAUGUAAUGCCCAAAUGGGGUGUCCUUCGGGCUCCAGUGGUCAUGCUGGCCCCAGUUCGGCCUAUGGUAUUGAGUCCUCGAAAAGUUCCUCCAAGUGGUACUGGGGUUUUCUUGCCCUGGACUGUGGGAUCAAGAAAACCAGCAAAGCAUCUCCCACCUCGUGCCCAGAAAGGACGGCUUAUGGCGCUCCCGUCCCCGCCAGAAACACAUGCGGGUGAGUCCACUUCUGAGCCAGGCAUCAGUGUGUAA